AUGACCGCAAGGACAUUUCGCGAGCCGUCGCCUCAUCGCCCAUCCACCAGCUCCGGCCCUGGAGAUAGACGUCACUCCCCCAUCGAUGUGCCCCCGCUGCCAUCUCUGCCAACUAAAUUUGUCCCACAAAAUGGCUCGGGUCGACGUGCUGUCAGUAUGGAGCCGUCCAUGAGGUCGCCUCCAGCAUCUCCGCGACGGUCCGGAGCACCUACGGGCGUGGAUCGAGGGCAGCCUGGUAGCCCGACACACAACCGAAUUGCCAGUUUAGGCACAGUACCAGAGAACGACCGACCGAGCAGCCGAAAUUCGAUCAAUUUCUCCUAUCCGAUGGGUUCACGGCCAAUCUCACCGACGUCACCUGUAGAGAAUCGUACGAUGACUCUGGACCCGGCUUCGGUUCGCGAGUCGCCAGACGAGGGAUCUGCUGCGCGGCAGACUGUCCCUGAGAGGUCGGGCAAUACGAAAAGCAGGGUUUCCGCGGCUGGAAACGCGGAAGAGAACCCUGCACUCAAAGCCGCAGGCAUUGCGGCUGGUACCGCUCUAGCUGCUGCUACAUUGAGCCUGCAGAAAAACAGCCCGCGAGCGGAUACCGGCCAUGCCAAGGCAGAGCGAGUAGAGCAAGGGACACAGGCCACUGGCUCACGGGAACAGCGUAUUGAUCGCUCAGUUCCACUUGUAGAUAGUGGGUCAGGGAGCGAGCAACCGUCUUCUCGAGCUGGGCUCGAGCGAUGGCCCUCCACCGUACAUGAGGAGACUGAGCCGAAGGAGGAGGUAGACGCCAGUGUUUCUACCACCCAACAUCCAGGGAGACGGUGGGCCAGCGCAUCUCCUGCAGUUGAUCACAGAGAGGUAGUGUCCACGCCGCAGCCCUCCCCUCAGCCAUCCCCGAAAGCCUCAAGAGACACCACACCGCAGCAAGAUCAUCUUCAUCAGUCCAGCAGUCCCGGCCGUUCGGCCCGUUUCGCCAAAUGGCUUUCCGUGACUGCUGCUGGCGAUCAAGUUCACGAGCCACCACCUCGAUCUAUUUCUCCUAUUAAGUCGGCUUUGAAACACCCUCGCGGGAAUUCAUUGUCUCCAGACCGAAAGGUUAGCAUCGGUGGUCGUGUCGUGCAACCACCCAGCGAAAUUUCGGAUGGUACUUCAGUCGCUUCAGACGAGGGCUCUCGACUUGGUGUGAAGAAACGACCGGUGAAAGUGAGCUUUGAUGAUGAUGCCGAGGUUGUUGGCGUCGCGGCUAGUCCUCCCACUUCUCCAGAGGAAUACGUGCCAGAAUCGCCGCCAAACAAGGGCAAGUCUCGCAUGAGCUGGUUGGGUGUGGGUAAGAAGCGGGUGUCACCAUUAGACUAUGUGACCGGGGACCACGACUUUGACGAAGUCAUGAGGCCGAGACCGGCACUCCCGUCGUUUGGCAGCGUCAGGGGCAAUCGAGACGGUGGACAUCCAGCACCGGCAAUUCCAGAGUUCAGUGACAACGAGUCGACGAGCUCCUCGGACAACGACAUUGUCUCUCCCGGGUUAUCAUUCUCCAAUGACCAUGCCCUUGGAGGCAUGCUGCCUAUGGUUCAGCAAAAGGAACCUACACAGCCCAACGCUGUCACAACCUUGGAACAACUUUCUGUCACUGGGGCCUCGUCGCUUUAUCAGCAACAGCCUAAGCCCGAGCCUGAGCACGAGCACGAGCUGGAUGGUGUCGCUCUUGGGAAUAUCACUGAGCAGCCACCAUCCUCGAGUGUGAAUGCACAUGCCGAUCUGCUUGUGCCUGCUAUCGCUAUUGAGCCGGCUACACCUCCUGUAGACAGUGACCAGCCAAUUUUCGGGCAGCGGUCCAGUCUGGAAUGCCGUAUACCUGGAGGCUACCCUCCGUCGAGCUCCGACCGCAAUCUCAAAGGUGCAGCCACUACGGGUUCUACAGAUACUACAAAGUCGCAACCCAUCGCUACCGCUGUGCCACAUUUGGAUGACGUGGAUACCGAAGGCGAGUCGGGUGAUAGUGUCUACAGUGAUGCUGCUGAGGACAUUGACGGUGAUGGUUUUGGUUCCAUCAAUGCCAUUGUCGACAGUGGACCAAUCCCUCGUUCGACAGGGUCUCCCAGUCAAAGUCGUGAUGCCACUCCCAAGGCAGCUGACCGAAUUACCGCCAUUGACAAUCAUUCGCAAGAUGUCACAGACCAAGCACGCGAAGACCCUCGUUCUAUCACUCCGACUCAGGACUCUGUUAAUCUCGAGAUAAGCGAGUCCCCUAUCACUCCUUCGUCCAAUCGGGGUUUCGAGUCAGCAUAUCCUCCACUGCCGCUCAAGUCGAAGCUUCGAGCUUCAUCUGAUCACGAUGGAACGGGCCAAACAGCCGUCAACAAGCAACGUCGGCCCUUGUCUUUGGCAAUCGGUGGUGACUCUCACCUACGGGAUCCUCACACCCUUUCCACCGAUGCCAAGGGCAAGAACCGACCAGUGUCUCUUGGGGCGCCAUUCCAAAUGAAGAAGCCCAAUGGUACCUCGCCCGGAAUCCCGGAAUCCCUUGGACGGACCAUGUCAAAUGGUAGCGACUCUUCCAGCAGCUUCAAGCGCUCCAGCCAUUCUACCCGCAGCGAUGGUCCUUUCUCGAUGCGUCGGACCAUGAGAGGCAGUUCCACACAACCCCAACAGUCCUCUUUCUCGGGUCGUGCAGACUCUCCUGAAGAUCAUCGACCGCUUUCCUCCGGCUCGGGGGCCGGGACUUUGCGAAAGACAUUACGAAGCCCUGGCGCUGGAAACGAGCGAUAUUCAUUCUUCUCAACUAACAAUAAAGCCCCUCGGGCGAAGUUUACCAAGGCACCCCCUAAGUCGAUGCGAGGCUCGCGCUUUGUGGAUUCUGACGGGGAGGGCAAUGAGGCACCCGCCCAGGGCUUCCGCAGCCGAUUCGCGGACUCUAGUGAUGAAGAUGAGCCCGGCAGCAAUACCAUGCGACCUGUUCGUGGUAUUCCUCGACGACAAGGCAUCCACGACGGAGACUCGACCGACCUGGAUGAUAGCUCGGAAGAGGAACGUCGACAGGCCGCAGCAGUGUCUGCACGUCAGUCAAACCUCGUGCCCCCUGGUUCUCGGGAUAAGAACAGCCCCAAUAUGUCUGGAUUUGCGGCAGUAGCCAAACAGCGUGGAAUGACCCAACGAGAACUAGAGGAGUUCAUCAUGCAGCCUCCUAGAGGUCGGAAACCCGGUCUCCUCACUCGCCUGGGUCUGAAGAAGUCCAAGAAUCCUGAUCAUCGUAUCCGCAAGGCCGAUGUUGAAAGUCCCUCUCGAAGAGAUACCCCGCUAGAGCGAUCGCGGCUGGAACGCGAACAAUUGCGUGGAGAACCCUUCACGAACGGGGUGAACGAGGACCGAGUGGUAACCACCGUGAGUGCAGACCCGCCUGAACCAACUUCCCCACGCAAGCUCGGCCGGCGACUAUCCAAGCGAAACACCACCGGUGGUGAACACUGGCCUCUUCGUACGGAGCCAAGAAAUGAGACGCCCGAACCAAUCCCCUCGCACAGCCAGAGCCUCCCCUCGUCUCCCCUGCAGACAAGCAAAGCCGGGCCGCCGGCGGCUAAUGCCGAGCGCAACGGCAGCAUCACAGCCAACGGUGGCGAAGGAGCUGGAGCCAUCUCGACUAUCAAAGAGGAACCCGAGCUUCCCCAAGCUGGCCAGGCUGGUCAGGCUGGACUCGAUAUUAAUGAUGCUCGCUCAGAUAUCACAAAUACUACAGCUGAGGAACCGGGCCUGUCAGCACGCGACGUGGUGAUUGCUGGUUCUGGACGCAAGAAACGAUUCCCACUUUUGCGAAAGGCCUUUGGUCUACGAAAAUGA